AUGGAGCAUCACGACCAGAAGAUCAAUCUCUACAACCGCCUCGUGAUAGCCUUUGUGGCCCUUGGCGGCACGGCAAGUCGACCUCGCUCUCUGAAGAUCUUCCCGCUGACCCGCCACAGACAUAUGGGUUUGUACGGCGCGAGCAUCAUCGGCUCGACCAUUGGCCAGCCAGGCUGGUAUUCCUACUUCAAUCUCCCCGCGGCAGGCGAGGAAGGGUACGCGAGUAUCACGACGCCAGCCAUUGCGACGGCCAAUGGCCUCUUCUCCGCCGGGGGCGCCGUCGCAUCCCUCAUCGUCAUGUGGGCGUCUGACUACUUUGGCCGCGUGCGCUCUAUCCAGAUCGCCUGUGUCCUGGGUGUCCUUGGCGGCGCGCUGCAGAGCGCUGCGCAGAAUCUCGACAUGUUCCAGGCCGGACGCUUCAUCAUGGGCAUGUGCGUCGGUGCCAUGUCCUGCGUCGUGCCCAUGUAUCUGUCCGAGAUGUCCUCUCCUCGGUUCCGGGGCUGGCUCGUCGGCCAUCACGCCAUCUUCCUCGUUUUUGGCUACAUGCUGAGCUCGUGGACUGGCUUCGGCAUCUUCUUCGCGAGCAACCUCGAGCUGGGAUGGCGUCUGCCCCUCGCGAUCCAGUGCGUGCCGCCCUUGAUUCUCCUCGCCGGUAGCCCCAAGGUCCCCCGCUCGCCCCGAUGGCUGGUCUCGCAGGGUCUUAAGGAGGAGGCGUGGGUGGUGCUGCAGAGGUUGCGCCAGUCGCCCGACGAUCCCGAGGACCUGUUUGCCAAGGAAGAGCUCUACCAGAUCCAGGAGCAGCUGCGACUCGAUGCCGACAAGCUGGCUGCCUACGGUAGUCCCUGGAAGGCCGUUAUCCAGAAGCCGAGCUACCGCAAGAGGAUGAUCAUUGGGUCCCUUACGCAGUGGGGUGCCGAGUUUGGUGGCCCGCUCGUCAUUAACAACUACGCAGUUCUUCUCUACACCGGCCUCGGUCAGACGGGGUAUAUGCCACUGCUUCUCUCCGCUCUGUGGCUCACGACAGCCGGUGUCAUCUACAACCCCCUGGGCGCCUGGCUUCACGACAAGGUCAACUCGCGCCGUCUCAUGUAUAUCAUUGGCUUCUGCGGCAUUGUCGUGACCACGUCCGUCAUGUCGGCCAUGAUCGCACGAUUUGGCGGCACCGACAACAAGGCAGGCAAUGCGGUCGGUGUUCUGUUCAUGUUCUUGUACCUGGCGUUCCAGGGCACUUUCUGCAACACGACCAUGUACCUCUACAUCAGCGAGAUCUUCCCGACGGAGAUUAGGUCCAUCGGCAUCGGAUUCUCUCUAUUCGGCCAGUACGCAUCAACCAUCAUCCUGCUACAGACGGCGCCCAUUGCCUUCGAGUCGGUCGGCUGGAAGUUCUUCCUGGUGAUCAUCUGCUGGAGCGUCGUCUUCGUCCCCAUCAUCUACUUCUUUUGGCCCGAGACGGCGCGCCUGACGCUGGAGGAAAUUGGCCAGCAGUUUGGCGACGAGGUGGCCGUGCAGCUGACCAACCUCGGAGACGAGGAGAAGACGGCGCUGGACCAGAAGAUUCUCGGACAGGACAGCAAGCAGCCCGGCCCCGAGGUGGUGAGUGCGCCCGCGUCGGAGAGUGAUGGUCGCAAGGGCCCUCAGUGAGGGCGAUUAGGACCAUGGCAUCGAGGGGAAUCAAGAGCGCAGAAGUGUUCCAUUCUCCCUUGUACUCCGUAGGUCGAAUAUGGAGGUAGAUUACAUCAU